AUGACGGGUUCGUGAGACCCAGCCCAGAUCUGGAACUUGGAAGGUUGUGUUGCUGAAGUGGUAGGCCAAGUUGGAUUAGAAUCUACCCUAGCUCGACUCUAGUCUCUAUGGUGAAAUUUUCACAUUGCAUGAAGCAUUGUCUUAUCCACUGAACAAUUUGGCUAAUAUUCCUGGUCUUCAACAGUUUGGAGAAUGUAGGCAAUUCCUUAUAUUUUUCGUGCUGUAACUUAGCCGACAAUCGUUCGUUUGCCGCCGGGAUUUAUACGCGAAGACCUAUCGGAAUUGUAACAGUUAUGUGCCCCGUAAGUUGUGGGGAAGAUUAAGGUGGAAAUCCCUUAGGCACGAGACAGGUUUCAGAUUAGUUUAGAUCUGCGUCUGGACGAUAUAAUCUCCUGUAAAAUGCCCUUGUCUAGUGUUUAUUCUACAAUUUUAUGGUUACCGGGACUUUGAUUCAAGUUUAAUCUGUUGUGAGUUAAUCUAGAUGAGUUAAAACAAAUGACAUGUUGGGUUUUGUCUUUUGAUUGCCUAAAUCCUAAUUGCCUGCUCUUUCAGACUUUCCCGGUUAACUUUUCCCCCCAAGCCAGUGCCAGGCCAAGCUUAUUUAAGCAUUCAAGAUCAUUUUGAUCUUUACCAACCUACAGGAGACAGUCAAAUUUAGUCUUACCAACCGUACCAGUUAACUUUCCUCAUUAAUAAAUGUGCACGUGCAUGGAUCAUCAUCAGACGCCAUAAUUAAAAUCUAUGUUGUACGACUGGUGAAUUGUCAUCAUCCCUUGUCAUUGUUUGAUCGUACGUACAUACAUAACAUAAUGACGGUGUCAAUACGAGGUGUUCAUCUUAUGCGAUGGCUGGUGUUGAUCGGGAUGUGUGCUCUCAUGAUACUGUGGUACUUUCAACGCAUCAAGACUCGACAGCUUGAUUACGUGAAAUCUUUGCAGGAAUCUAGCGUCAAGCUGCAGAAUGGAGAGUUUGUUCUCAACGGGGAAGAGGUCACUAUCCUCUCCGGGAGCAUGCAUUACUUCCGGGUCAUGCCGCAGUACUGGGAGGAUCGCCUCCGCAAGAUGAAAAGUGGCGGGCUCAAUACUGUCACCACGUAUGUUCCUUGGAAUCUCCAUGAACAAGUCAGAGGGGAUUUUGACUUCACUGGCAUAUUAAAUGUUGUAGAGUUCUUGAAGGUAGCCCAGAAAGUUGGUCUAUACGUCAUCUUUAGACCAGGACCAUACAUCUGUGCUGAAUGGGAGAUGGGCGGACUACCAAGCUGGCUACUGUCCGAUGAUGAGAUGAAAGUAAGAAGUACCUAUCCUCUGUUUACUGAAGCUGUCACCAAGUUCUUUGAGCAACUCAUUCCAAAGGUUGUUCCUCUCCAGUACAACCGUGGAGGACCUAUCAUAUCAUUCCAAGUCGAGAACGAGUAUGGAUCGUUUGGAGACAGCACUGCAUACAUGGAGUUCGUUAAGGAGGCAAUGGUAGCGAGAGGUGUCACGGAGCUGCUAGUCACAUCUGAUAAUUCCAAGAAAUCUAUGGAGAGAGGCAGACUACCUGGGGUUUUGAUGACGGCAAACUUUCAAGACCAUGCGGCCAGACAUUUCAAAGACUUAAAGGAUUUACAGGGUGAUAAUCUUCCCUUAAUGAGCAUGGAGUUCUGGUCAGGCUGGUUUGACCACUGGGGUGAGAACCAUCACAUCUACAAGGCGGAUGGCAUUGCUGAAUUGACCAAGGCCAUACUGGUCAGCGGAGGCUCUGUAAACUUCUACAUGUACCACGGUGGAACUAACUUUGGAUUUAUGAACGGAGGGAAUGUGGACAAGGGCAUCUAUAAGCCCACUAUAACAAGCUAUGAUUACGAUGCUCCUCUCUCAGAGUCUGGCGAGCCGACAGAGAAGUUCUUCCAGAUCAAAGAAAUGAUCCAGAAACAUGCGCCUAAAGGAAGAGUUCCCAGUAGCUUGCCAGAGCUUCCUGUUGCUAUUGGUAAAGUGGCUUACACAGAGGUUAAAGUUCACGAGACGAUGUCAUUGGCUGCUUUACUAGAGAUCAGUGGGAAGCCCAUUUACAAUGAUGACAUACUUCCCAUGGAGAAGCUUCCAAUCAACAACGGGGGUGGUCAGGGUUAUGGAUUCCUGCUGUACAGGACCAGGGUUAAUACCAAACCAACCAAACUUGCCCUCUCAAGAUCACCCAGAGACAGAGCUCAGGUUCUUUUGAAUGGUGAUGAGGUUGGUGUAUUGAUGAGAAAGACUGAAGAGGAAGACUGGGGUUUAAAGAUCACAACUGGGAAGGAUACAGACAAUGUACUGGACAUACUUGUUGAGAACCUCGGCAGAGUCAACUAUGACAAGCAUCUCCAGCAUGAGAAAAAAGGUAUUCUUGGAGAUGUAAAGAUCAAUGACAAGAAACAAGAGAAAUGGGAGAUGUAUCCCCUAGAGUUUAAAACUCAUUUCAUGGAAGCUGUUUCAUCUUCUAAGAAGUGGACUGCGUUUGACGGACAUGAGAAGCAGCCCGCCCUUUAUAGGGCAACGUUAGACAUCCAGGAUAGCCAGCCUAAAGACACUUUUGUGGUUAUGAAGGGUUGGGAGAAAGGAGUGAUCUUCAUCAACGGGUUCAAUCUCGGUCGCUACUGGAACGUUGGACCUCAGCAGAACUACUACCUACCUGGACCUCUGCUGAAACAAGGAAAGAAUGAGAUCGCAGUUUUUGAGCUGCACAAAGCUGAAGGGACGAUACGCUUUGACGACAAGGCAGACUUAGGUGAAGUACAACAGAUUAACAAUGACGAUGAUAUUGAACCAAUGCUCUAGGUUUUAUCAUAGUACACACUCUGGACUGAGGGUUUGUAAUUAUUUUGUACGGCAGGCCAGAAUCAUCAUCAUCAUCAUCGUUGUCGUCGUCGUCAUCAUCGUCAUCAUCAAUUAUUGAAGUCAGCAUGUACUGACUGUUUUUACUAUGAUGACCCUCCUUCCACAGAAAUAUUUGUCAAAUGAUUUUAUUUUGGGUGAUAAAGCUUGGUAACUCAAUGUUAUUGUAUUCUCAGAAUCGGCAGGCUUGAUAAUACUCCCAUGUAUUCAUUUCACUCUUUUAAAAUGAAGUAAGAAAAGAACUUCUAAAAAAAACAAGUGCAAUGUUAUUUGGAAAUUCUGUAUCAUGUACUGGGUGCCAUACUCAUAGGCCCAAGGCACUCAUAAGAGAUACCAAUAGAUUUUAACUGUGUUUCUUAAUGUUGUUAUUACCUUCAUCAGCAGCUGUCUAUGAUACCAUGUAUGUAUGACGUCAAAGUAAAAUCUUAUCCUCAUUCCUGUAGUUCAUGGGGUAUUUCAGAACUGUUAGCGUUAUGAUAUCUAUGAUGAAAUACACUUGAUGUUGAAAAUUGCUUCUCACUUUGCCAUGAAUGUGUGAAUGUGAUUUGUGUAAAAAACUCAUAUACAGUCAAACCUGUCUACAGCGACCACCCAAGGGAAACAAAAAAAGUGGUCUUUGUAGACAGGUU